AGGCAAAACAGUAUCGGAGCAGCGCCUAUGAAUUGUCCUCACCGUCACGGCCGGCGCCUCUUCCAGGAUUCAUUCAUUAGUUUUUUUCCUCAUUCACGAGGAUAGUGAGGCCUGGUUGAAAGCCAUGGAGAGCGCUCUCCCUGCCGCCGGCUUCCUGUACUGGGUGGGCGCGGGCACCGUGGCCUACCUGACCCUGCGCAUCGCGUACUCGCUCUUCACGGCCCUUCAGGUCUGGGGUUUGGGUCACGAGCUUGGGGUCGGACCGGGGCUCGGUGAAUGGGCAGUUGUCACGGGUAGUACUGAUGGAAUUGGAAAAUCAUAUGCAGAAGAGCUGGCGAGGCACGGGAUGAAGGUCAUCCUUAUCAGCAGGUCGCAGGACAAGCUGCAGCAGGUCUCCAGUGAAAUAAGAGAGAAAUUCAAAGUGGAAACAAGGACCAUUGCCGUUGACUUUACCUCCGAAGAUAUUUAUGAUAAAAUUAAAACAAGCUUGGCGGGUCUUAAUAUUGGCGUUUUAGUGAACAAUGUGGGGAUGUCAUAUGAGUAUCCUGAAUACUUCCUGGACGUUCCUGACUUGGACAAUAUCAUCAAGAAACUGAUAAAUGUCAAUAUUCUUUCUGUUUGUAAGAUGACACGAUUGGUGCUGCCCGGCAUGGUCGAAAGGUCUAAAGGGGUGAUUCUGAACAUCUCCUCCGCCAGUGGCAUGAUGCCGGUUCCACUGCUGACCAUCUACUCUGCAACCAAGGCUUUUGUAGACUUCUUCUCUCAGUGCAUCCACCAGGAGUACAGGAGCAAGGGCAUCUUUGUGCAGAGUGUCCUGCCGUUCUUCGUGGCUACAAAAUUGGCUAAAAUCCGAAAGGCAACUUUACAAGUACCCUCUUCGGAGACAUACGUGAAGUCGGCGCUGAAGACGGUGGGCUUGAAGUCCCGAACCAACGGAUACCCGGUCCAUUCUCUGAUGGGCUCACUGUUCUCAAUCCUGCCUUCUUGGUUAUAUUUUAAAGUGAUCAUGAAUUUUAACAAGUCCUUGCGGUCUCGCCAUCUGAAGAAAGCCAAGAAGAACUAGGCAUCGGCCACUGCAUCAGGUGCCCUGGCUGUGCACUCCAGCCCAUGAACAACACCAGCCCAUGCACAGCACUACAGGUCCCCCCUGCCCCCCACACACACCCCCAGCUCCCAAAUCCUUGGUUGUUUUAAUAGUUCCCAGUACGGCUGAAUGUGGUCAGAUUCGGGAAGAAAGCAUGAGUUUCUGAUGCAUAUAUUCUGGUUGCUGCCAGCAGUUAUUUUGUAGCGUAAUGGAAGUGCUCCUACCAAUUGGAUGUAGAACUAAUAUUAACAAGAACAACUUAAUAGGAAGGAACACAAUCACAGCAAAUCACAGAAUGAUGGGGUGGCGCACGACCCCAACAGUUUCAUCUGGCCCAAAAUGCCAAUGACGAUUCAGGGAUUUUCUCUGAAACACACUAUUAAAAGUCACGGCCAGCUACUCAUUCUUGUCUUUAACAAUUUGGGGGACUAGAGAUUAACAGAUUCACUUAUGGGAGGGCCUACAGCAAUUUGCAUAGUUCUCUGUAAGCUUUUCUAAAGGCCUGUCCCGGUUUGUAUGUUUAUAUGCAACUUUCCUUUCUCCCAACGUAGUUAAUGACAUAAACACAAUUCAUGAAAUUUGGGCGUUUUCUUACACACGUAGCCCAUGAAAAUAUGCUUUUGUCUAAUACAUACUUGUUCUCAGUUCAACUGUGUGUCAUUGUGGAAUGCUGUACGGUAUGAUUUAUACAGGUUCAAGGGCCAAAAUGUCCAUGGAGCCUGGCGGCCACCUGGAGUGUCACUGAAACCCUGACCCAGGAGGGGGCCUGCUGGGACCAGCUGCUUCGGUUUCCACACUGCAGUCACACUGCUCGCCUGUGUGACAGGCUAUUCCUAGAAGAGUGACAUCAGAGAAGUGGCAUCGCACUCUUACAUUGGCAGUCUAUAGAUAAUUGAUAUAGUUCGUGUUAAUGAGAGAGAUGAUAUAACCACGGUGUUGAUUGGAAAUAUAUCUCUUUGGUGCUGGAACUUCAGGCCAUUUUUACACUGGCUUAAUAAUAUAAAUGAAGUCUUACUUUUAUUCUGCCGCAUGCCCGUUCGGGGAAAUUGCCAGGCAAUAAUGUGUGUUGUGAAACGUUCAACCUAAAAGGUGGGUCUUUCCCUAGGCUCCGGCCCUAAGGUUCUGAGUUUUAAGCACCAGUAAAUUAAAGAAAAAAAUUCUUAAUCGGGGUAUUUAAGCGUUUCUAGCUUUAAAUUUUGUCAGCUAAGGACAUACAACAAAAACAGAAAAUCAAAUUUACCAUCAUUAUAUAAAAGACAUUUUGGCAUACAAAAAGGAGGAAGAACAUAAUCUCAGAAUAAGGACUAGUCAUUUAAAUGGAAUAAAUGUAGCUUUCUGAAA